AUGGACAACUUUAUGUUGUUUGAGUCGCAACUGCUGGUCGUGGAGAAGAAGCACGACCUGAUUCCGCCAAGACAGUAUGACGAAAAGGCUCGGCGAUUCGUGCCGACGAACGACGAGCAUCGGGUAUUCAAAUGCCCCAAGGUGCAGCCAGGUGAAGCGCAGCGUCUGUUGGACCAGCGCUUCAAGAAACCUCAUGGGGCGUCGUCCGCAGCAUCGGAUAAGAGCAGCGACGAACACCGGGUAUUCAAGUGCCCCAAGGUGCAGCCAGGUGAAGCGCAGCGUCUGUUGGACCAGCGCUUUAAGAAACCUCACGGGGCGUCGUCCGCAGCGUCGGAGAAGAGGGACGACGCCAAGCGCAAGAUUACAGGUAACGAUGGGAUAUAA